UUUUGUUUCAGUCCUUUUUUCUUUGUCUUUUUUUUUUUUCUUUUUUUUUUCCUUUGCUUUUCCAUUGCAAUAAUCCUCUCUUUAUUUUUGACACUUUUGUCGUCCAAGUUGGAACGAACGAGAAAAUGAUUGCUGCCACAUUCACUCAGAUUGUCGGUCAGCUUUGGGGACUGUUUGCCUUCAUUGGCUCGGCGUCGGCGUCGGCAACGUCUGCUGCAGGCAGUGCACUUGCUCCUAGCGGCAGCUGGACGCUGACCGCCUUCCUGGUUUUCGCCACCUUCUCGCUCGCUGUCGCGUACUUGCUCAAGAGCAUGCUGACUCCUCCACCCGCUAAGCUGCCCCCGUACAUCCCAUCUCGCAUUCCGUUCCUCGGCUCGGCCGUCGAGUUUGGUCAAGAUCCGAUCAACUUUUUGCACAAUGCCUUCAAGAAGCACGGCGAAAUCUUUUGCUUCAAGAUGCUCGGUCGGUACUGCGUCUACUUGAUUGGCUCGGAAUCCUCGGGUCUGCUGUUCAACUCAAAGAAUGAUCUGCUGAACGCUGAGGAGGUGUACGCCAACCUGACCGUGCCCGUUUUCGGCAAGGGUGUCGCCUACGAUGUCGACAACAAGAUCUUUUCUGAACAAAAGCGCAUGCUCAAGACGGGCCUGACCCAGGCUCGCCUGCAAACCUAUGCCCCGCUCAUCGAGGAGGAAACGCGCCAGUACUUUGCACGCUGGGGCCAGUCUGGCGAGGCCAACCUGUUUGAGGCGCUGGCCCAGGUCAUCAUCCUGACGGCUUCGCGUUGCCUGCUUGGAGAGGAAAUCCGCGCCAUGCUCGACGAUUCUGUUGCUGGCCUCUACCACGAUCUGGACGGCGGCUUUACGCAGGAGGCCUGGAUGCUGCCCAGCUGGCUGCCACUGCCUUCCUUCCGUAAGCGUGACCGCGCACACCUCAAGAUCAAGCAAAUCUUCCACGACAUUAUUGAGCGCCGUCGCGCUGUCGCUGCUGCCUCGGGCCAGGAUGAGAACGAGGACGAGAACGAAGACUCUGGCGCUGCCAACAACAAGAAGCAAGACAUGCUCCAGACUCUGAUGGACUCGACGUACAAGGAUGGCCGCCCGCUCACCAACGACGAAAUUGCCGGCAUGCUGAUUGGCCUGCUUCUCGCUGGCCAGCACACUUCGUCGACCACGAGCUCGUGGCUUGGCUUUUUCAUUGCCCGCGACAAGGCCGUCCAGGAUGCCCUUCGCCGCGAGCAGUACGAGCAGGUUGGGUCUGGCAGCUCGCUGCACGAAGAGCUUCCUCCGAUUGAAAACAACCACUUGGACAAGUUUGAGUUGCUCGACCGUGUGCUGCGCGAGACUCUGCGCAUGCGUCCGCCAAUCCUCACCAUGAUGCGCAUGUCCAAGGAGGCCAUCCCGUACAAGGACUUUGUCAUUCCCGAAGGCACCUACGUGUGCGUCUCGCCCACGAUCAAUCACCUUCUCGACGAGACCUGGGACCAGCCCAUGCAGUUCAAGCCCGACCGCUUCCUGACCAUCACUGACCGCUCGGCCGACGAGUCUGUCCCCGUCAAGGAGAAGUUUUCCUAUGUUCCUUUCGGUGCUGGUCGUCAUCGUUGCAUCGGAGAAACGUUUGCUUACACUCAGAUCAAGACUAUUUGGAGCGUGCUUCUUCGCGAUUUCGAAAUUGAGCUUGUCGACAACAAGUUCCCCGGUAUCGACUUUUCAACACUCAUCCACAUGCCGAAGGAUCCGUACGUGCGAUACCGCCGUCGCGUUCCAUUGUAAAGUGAACUUGUUGGUGUGGGAGGCGGGGGAAAGUCUCCAAGUCUCCUCCCCAUCGAAGCGAAAUUGUUUCGUGUCUACUAUUUGGCUCUUUUUUUGUUGUUUCUUUGUUUCUUUGGUUCUGCUGUCGCCGUCUUCAUUUCUUAAUCUUUGUGUGUUUUUAGUGUGCCCGAUUAAAUGUACAUGUACGC